AUGUCGAACCAGAUUGAGCGCCUCCAAGUCCAUGGAACGACCUUGCCAGAAACCCAGACCGUCCAAACCUCCGCACAAGGGCUCAUUAGCCGACCCUCAAGGGCUCUGGAGGACAUGGCCUCAGAACAACAUCUGCUCAUCACAACAGGCAGUUCUGGAAUCUGGAAGGCAAGUCCCACUGAAUCGUUUGCAAUAGUCAUGAGGGUCACUUUGACACGUUCAAGUGAGCGCAGGAGCGUCGUCUGCAUUCCAGCGCCGACCACAUUACGCCUGCUUUCCGCCGCUCACUGCGACUGCUCUGACCUCCCGGCCGCAUACCAGGCCGCCGCCGCGAAACGCACCGAAGCCGCCUGCUGCCCCUGCCUCCUGGAGACCUCCACCGCUACAGCACAGGGACAGCGCGUCGUGAAAGCCGCCCGCGAUAGUAGCACGUCCACCGGCGGGCAGCUGUACGUGCGAGCACUUUACGACUACGAUGCCGACGACCGAACGAGCCUGAGCUUCCGCCAAGGGGACAUAAUCCAGGUGAUAACGCAGCUGGAGAGCGGGUGGUGGGAUGGUGUGAUUCAUGGAGUGCGAGGCUGGUUCCCAAGCAACUACUGCGCUGUGGUGACGGCAGCAUACGACGAUGGCAUGGGCAACAGGAUGGGCAGGGCUGACGCAGAGGCGGAAGAAUCGGGUGAAGACGACGAGCAGCACGACCAGUUUACAGUCAAUGGCGCACAUGGACCACGUCUGCCGUCAAGUGCGACUCAGCAGGAGGAAGCUGCGUUUUGGAUCCCUCAGGCCACCCCAGAUGGCAGGCUUUUCUACUUCAAUACUCUCACCGGCGAGAGCACAAUGGAGCUCCCGCUCGAGGCUCCCACAUCCGCAAAUGAAAGAGGUCCGCGCGACCAGACGAAUGUCUCCAUUCCUGACCAGACGCGCCCGCCAGCUGAGUUCCUCCACAGCGCCGCUUAUGGAGUCGACGAUGACACCGACUAUGCCUCUGCCUCCGAGACCGAAGACGCGUCGGCGACACAUGGAUCCAAGGCCUCGAGCUCAAUCUGUCAGCAUCGACGCAGACGUUCGUAUCUGUCCGACGGUGUGUCACCUGCGACAUCCAUGGAUUCUUUGAACGGCGCUUCUCCGAUGACCCGCUCGCGCACAAAUCUUACAGACGCAAGCAACGUAUCGCUUUCGGCAAUGCAGCAGGGAAUACCUCCAGUUGGUACCACCAUGCAGUCCUUCGCUAACGCGCAGGGUCACGCUUCGAGCGCUUCGUUAUUACCUCGGCGCUUCUUCGACGACGCUCACGCUGUACCAUUGACUUGGAACACGAUGGUUGAAGACAUGCGUCGCGCCGUUCAGAGAUAUCGUGAAGUCAUCAGUGCUGGUGAUCGAUCGGAAUUCGUUCGCAAAGCAGAAGACAUCUCCGACCACUUGCGUUUACUACUUGCAGCCGGCUCUGGAACGACUGACAACCAUUCUGGCAAUCCUUCCAUCAUAUCGACGAACAAGGCACUAUAUCCGCAUUUCCGAGAGAUGAUGUCAAGGUUCUCAAAAUUGGUUCUUUCAUCGCAUAUAGCCGCUGCAGACUUUCCGGCGCCGGAUUCGGCUCAAAAGUGCCUGCAAGAAGCUGAAGGGGUCCUGCAUGGCGUUUAUGGCUUUGUUGAAGUCGCGCGACAACAACGUGGCGAGGAGAUCCCGAGGCUCACGCCUGGCUUUGUUUCUGGCAGCCGGACUGCAGGAAAUUGGCGCAGCAAUGGGCUGGACUCCAAAGACCCUAUGUCCUCCAUGUCCUCUGCGGACGACGAGAUUGAACACUCCUCCGAACCCACUGAGCAGCCGAAUCAAUCUCUGCUCGAUCGCCUCGAAGAUCUCAAGCGACUGAUCAACUCCAACAUCAAGCGACUUGAUGAACAUUUGAUUCUGCGGGACAAGCUCGUUACUCACCACAAGCAUCGGCAAAUCGGCGACGCAGUGUGCAAAGCUGGUAGCCAGGUGCUCGAAGUCUGCAGACCGUACCUGGCAACGCUUGAAUCCGUAAACCUGGCUCCACUCAAUUCCGGGCUCCAGGCGCAUCAACUGAACGAUUUCUCGGAACACAAGCAGAAGAUUUACGACGCGGCCUCAGAUCUCAUCCUGGCGUGUCAGGCAGUUGCAAGCCCACUCGGGGACGAGUGGGCGGAGGUGCGAGGUCCUUCGCUGGAAGAGCGGCUGGCGAGAGUGAAGACUGUGGGAAGAGAUCUGGAUGUCGCAGCUUCGCAGAUACACUUCUCCUUGCAACUCCUGUCUGAGUUGAUGCCUUCGCAAGACUCUGGCUCAAGAGGAUCACAUCGUCUGACAGAUGGCGGGGCACCUACAGAACAGCAGCACCAGAGAAACAGCUCCAAGAGCUUGCGACCAAGUCUUGCGGACGUUGGACCUUCAAAGUCGUUUACAGAAGGCACGGGGUCGACAGGACCGCGAGAUGCGCAGCGUCAAGGCGAGAGCUCGAAACCUACGCGAUUCUUUGGAGAAGUGCCGGCACCGCAGCAGGAACGAACGUCGUUGACCGCAACAAACCGCGACUCUGAGGAGAUGCCAGACUAUCUCAGACUUGACUACGAAGGCGACAUGUCUUAUGACUUGAAGGUCGAGCCUCCGCAACUCCGAGGUGGAACAUUGACCGGUCUCGUGGAGCAGCUCACGCGACAUGACAGACUGGACUCGCCCUUCAACAAUACCUUCCUCCUCACCUACAGAUCAUUCACAACCGGACCAGAACUGUUUGAGAUGCUUGUCAAGAGAUGGAUGAUCCAACCACCACAUGGAGUUGGUGGUCACGAUCUCACAAUUUGGACGGACAAGAAGCAGAAGCCCAUUCGAUUUAGAGUUGUGAACAUCCUGAAAUCGUGGUUCGACAACUACUGGAUGGAACCGGGUAACGAGGAAAGCCAGCAGCUCAUGUCGAGGGUAUACGCCUUUGCCAAAGACACCGUACAAUCUACAAGCACGCCUGGAGCUGGUCCACUCAUGACCGCCAUUGAGCAGAGGAUGCGUGGACAAGACGCCUCAAGUAAGCGACUCGUCCUCACAUUGAACUCGCAAGCGCCACCACCGAUCAUUCCGAAGAAUAUGAAGAAACUCAAGUUCCUGGAUAUUGAUGCCUUGGAGUUUGCUCGACAGCUGACGAUCAUCGAAUCGAGGUUGUAUGGUAAGAUUCGGCCAACGGAGUGCUUGAACAAGACCUGGCAGAAGAAGCUUGCGCCCGGAGAAGCGGAUCCAGCGGAGAAUGUCAAGGCCCUGAUUCUCCACUCCAAUCAACUCACCAACUGGGUAGCCCAGAUGAUCCUCACACAGGCCGAUGUCAAGCGGCGUGUGGUUGUCAUCAAGCACUUCGUGUCCAUUGCAGACAAGUGUCGGAACCUCAAUAACUUCUCCUGCUUGACCUCCAUAAUAUCUGCUCUGGGCUCGGCACCGAUUCACAGACUUAACAGAACGUGGUCGCAGGUCAAUGCUCGCACGACGCAGACUCUGGAGUCUAUGCGAAAGCUCAUGGGCUCGACGAAGAACUUCAACGAAUACCGAGAAUCAUUGCACAAGGCCAACCCUCCAUGCAUUCCUUUCUUCGGUAUCUACCUUACGGAUCUUACUUUUAUUGAGGACGGUAUCCCAAGCAUCAUCAAGAAGACACAACUCAUCAACUUCGCCAAACGAGCAAAGACUGCUGAGGUCAUCCGAGAUAUUCAACAGUAUCAGAAUGUGCCCUACGGUCUGCAGCCAGUCCCAGAGCUGCAAGAGUACAUUCUUAGGAAUAUGCAGAGCGCUGGCGAUGUACAUGAAAUGUACGAGCGCAGUUUGCAGGUGGAGCCACGUGAGAGGGAAGAUGAGAAGAUUGCGAGACUACUAUCAGAAUCCGGGUUCUUGUAGGGCAGGGAACGGAGCAUAUCUGAAGUAUCCUCAUUCCCAACACAGCAGAAGCUCAUUGCCGUCAAGAGCAAGAAGUCGAGGGCUUCACUCGAGCACCAGCACAGCUACGACACCAGUCCCAAGAGCGGCUGGUAUACAUAGUGAUGCACCGCCAUCACCAAGAACAACGAUAAGCCAGCAUUGAAUAAGCUCUUGCUGCUGAUCUAAAAUUUCGACACUCGACCGUGAAUGAGAUGGAAUGGCUCUCGUAAUGACACGGGAAGGAAACGAAUGUAACGACGAUUCAUGGAUUGUGUGCGUCGCUGGACUCUAUAUGUUCCUCACUUUAUUGAUUCACAAUCUUCUCUUCGUCGACAGCUUUAGUCUAGACUUAUUUCCAUUCCGUCCGGCGUUCGGCGCGCGGCAGGAACCUGCUAUCAGGCAGCAGCAGCAGCAGCAUGGAGAAAAACUCUCGAGGCGUUGAGAAUCACGAUGGCGUUUCCUGUCCGUCCCUUGCUUUCGGGACUUCUCAUGCUGUGUAGCCACGCCUGUGUAGCUAUUCUUAUCUAAGAUGUGUUUCAC